AUGCUUCUAUCUGACUAUUUAUCUAUCUAUCGAUAUACAUCUAUAUUCAAUAUUUCUAUAUCGACCUCAGUUUCAUAUCUAUCUAUCUAUCUAUCUUUCUAUCUAUCUAUCUAUUCCAACAUUUUAUAUCUAUCUAAAAUUGUUGCCAAGCGGGCCCCAGAAACCAGUGUGGCGUUCCGUGUUGAUCCUGGGUCCCCGCACAGGGCUACGGAAACCGGUUUUGCGUUCCUUGUUGACUCUGGGUCCCCGCACAGGGUUACAAAAACCAGUGUGGCGUUCCGUGUUGACCCUGGGUCCCCGCACAGGGCGACGGAAACCAGUGUGGCGUUCCGUGUUGACCCUGGGUCCCCGCACAGGGCUACGGAAACCAAUGUGGCGUUUCGUGUUGACCCUGAGUCCCCGCACAGGGCUACGGAAACCAGUGUGGCGUUCCGGGUUGACCCUGGGUCCCCGCACAGGGAUACGGAAACCAGUGUGGCGUCCAGUAUUGUCUCUGGAUCUGGAAAAAUAUAUUUAAAGGAUUCUUUUUCUUUUCCCCUCGAGAGUGCAGAUGUGAAUUUAACGACACGAAGAUAUUUUAUUUAA